AUGAUACAUUCGUCAACAAUGUUUGCACUGUAUUUCGAAAUACGGGGAGGAUUUUUUAUAUUGACUGUUGUCGGUGGUUGUGAUACGUUGUUGGUUUAUUUUCUCUGUAAUUGGUGCAUUUUUGCAUGGACUUUUCUUGCCGCAUUUAUGAAUAUUGAACUGUGGUUCAAGGUUCCGAGAUUCUACAAAACCUUCAAUAUUUUCUCGAUUGUUAUUUGUUGCUCUAUAGUUUACACGUUAACAUUGUCAUAUACAUCUGUUGGCAUUUCGAGAAAGUAUAAUGAUUUGAUUUAUUUUAAUGUGAAUUACAUUGACACUAUAUUUCUUUUGAUUAUCGCAAUCUCAACUUUUCGAAAACUUUCAUCCGGUGUUUUUGAGAGGAAAUUAGUUCAUGCACUUUUGAUUGUUAUUAUCAGAGUGGUACGUGAUAUUAUAUAAAGGGGUUUCCUUUCUACGAGGCCCGAUUAGCUAAAUAGUUAGGGCUAAGAAAGUGCGCUCUAUCGCACACAUUAUUUAUUUGUGUGUACUUCUCUCGGAGUUCGCACCCAAACAUUUAUUAAGUCAUUUGGGGUGUAAGUUAAUGCUAGUUAGUUAAAAAUAGUGACGCACAAUUGCGGACUUGCUUUUUCACGAAGAAGGACAACCCCUUUAAUUUUCAUAAAUACCUUCAGACCUCAACCUUGAUCUCAAUAAUGGCAAUCGGAUGUUUGAUCAAUAAUGAAUCUAUUGAAGCUCAUGUCGAUAUCCAAAAUGAUUUCACUUACCCAUUAUUGCCUGUCACUUUUGUCUUAUCGUUUUAUUUGAGCUCUGAUGGACAGAAAGAGCCGGAAAGACAUACCAGUUUGUGAGUUUAGUGGAAAAAAGAAGAUUCUUAACUUAGAACUUUUAUUUCAGAGGAUCGGUACUUCCGAAGCUGGAUAAUUGA